UGAAUGGUCCCUUUGCUCAACUGUCGGCAAGAAAUACAAAAUUAUGGUUUCAAUAUCGUCCUCCGCCUGCAGACUGUGCCUUAAUAUUCCACCUACCGAUACGCUCGUGUUUUCGGUGUUCGACACCUACCAAGGUAGAGUGUUGUCGCAGCUGAUCGACGAACUGUUCGCUAUAAAGAUCCUGGAAGACGAACGGCUGCAGUCGCUUUGUAUUGAGUGCGUAAAUCGCAUUAACACGGUGAACAAAAUCAAGCAACUAUUUGUGACGAACAAUGGUAAAUUGCAACAAAUCAGCCCAUCGCCCGGUAGCUUUGUUGAAGAGCUGGUCUAUGAGGUGUUCGCCUCAGGCACCGAAGAGUGUGCUAAAAUAGAAAAUGCAUCAAUCAACUACGUGAUUGAAUCAGCGCAACAACGGAACAAACCAACAGCUACCGAAACGAGCGCAUCAACAGACGAGCCUUUGAGCAAGCUUUGCCCCUCUUCCGAAGAGGACAACACCUUCGAUGUCGAAUCCGCCGAGCUGAACUGUGAAGACGAGCCAGAGGAUGAAUCGGCCACGAAAGAGGGGACAAAGUGCAAUGAAACUAGUGCAUCCGAGCCGAAAGAAGCAUUGGCAACGGAACAGCCCAAACCGGACCUGCCAACCCCUGGACAGCUGCCACAACACAAGUGCUACUUUUGCGGUACCGUGUUCGAGAAUUCGCUACAAUUUACCAACCAUCUGCCGAGCCACUUCAGCGAGGUGCCCUACGCCUGCACGGAAUGUGACGGGCUGGUGUUCAAAACGGUACGGGAAGCGAGCAGACACAUCGGUUUCCACGACGCACGCGAACGGCCGUUCAAGUGCCGCAUCUGCCCGUUACGCUUUCCCAAGCGGACCAACAGUUUAACCCACGAACGGAAAAUGCAUCGCUUUAAGCUGAAGCGUAUGGCGGAGAAGGAUAGCAAAGCAAAUGGAUCAGCCGUUGGUCGCAGAUCGGACGGCAAAGGCACAGCAAACAGCUCGAUCAGCAGGGAGCAAUCUGCCACUCCGAAGCGGGAACAGCCGGAGUGUGAAAUUUGUAGCAAAAAGUUUACGGCGAAGAAAAACCUUACCCGCCAUUUAAUGAUUCACACCGGUGAGAAACCGUUCAAAUGUGAGCCGUGCGGUCUGUCGUACCGCCAGUCGGGGGAGCUGAAACGACACAGUUUGCUGCACGGGGAAGAAAAGCCCACCGACAACAGCGGUAGCAGCUUGGAACGUGUACCGGACGAACGACCGAAGCGUGCGAAUAAAAGAAGAGUCAGUGGGAAGUUGUUGCUUUCGUGCUAAAA